AUGAGAUUCUCACUUGUUGCCCUUGCUUCCACUUUGGCAGUUGCCAAUGCUAUUCCAUUCGAUAUCGUCAACCUUCUCUACAAGCGUGAGGACAGUUCCGACUCUGCCCUUUCCUGGUUGAGUUCUCUUUUGAAUACCACCAACUCUACAAACUCAUCCAUCGCAUCAAACUCCACCAACACCACCUCUUCUGAGGAAGAGUCCGACUUGACCACUAUCAAGAUCUUCUCAUUCUCCAGCAACUUCACCGAGAUUUAUGGUUCUGUCAACGCUACUGCUGAGGCUUCUAAUGCCACUUACUCAAACUCCUCAACCAUCUCCAUCGAGGCUACUGUUGAUGACAUUUUGUCAAUCUUGAACAUUGCAGGUAACUCCUCCAGUGUUGAAUUCGUUGCUUCUGCCCUGGGUAACAAUUCAUUGAGCGCUCUGUUGAAUGCCACUGAUCUCUCCAGCUAUGUUUCUUUGGAUUACGAGGAAUUGGCUACUUCUUUCAACGACUCUACCUUGCCAUUGUUGUACCAAGCCCUUGAGGAUGACUCUGAGGAUUACGAUGCCUUCGUUAUCCUUCUUGAGCCAGUUUACCUCGAGUCCGCCGCUUUCUUUGUUGACAUCACUGCAAACAUCUCUAACGCCAUUGUGUUUGCUCCAGAGCUCACAGCUGAGAACUUGUUGAGCGGUGGUUUGCUCGACUUGUACAACGCCAUUGUUGUUGCUGCUGAUGAGGACAACGUUUUCGACACCGAGGUUGUCUCUUCCCAAUACAUUUCCCCAGCCUUCUACUCCCAGAGAGUUGGCGACCGUUUCGUCUCUUCCGCUGUUACUCUUGGUAAGGUUACUCGUGGUGAGGCCCAAUGGUUUGUCACCGAUGCUUCAUUCCCAGACUUUGGUGGCAACUUCACUAUCACUGAGGACUCAACUGUUCCAGAAGUCCUCGUUGUCGAGACCGUUGGCUCUUCCUCUGCUGACUUGUUGGCUGCUUUGCAAACAACUCUCAUUGAUGGUAUUGUCUUGUCUGCUGGCUCCAUUGAUGACUACAGUGCAGCAUUCAUCGAGCAAGCUUCGAUCUUGGCUGAGUCCAUCCCAGUUGUCUUUGCUUCAAGCUCUGAGCUUGAUGUAUUGACCCCAGAAGACGUUCCAGUUGAAGCUGCUUUUGCUGCUGGUUUGUUGUCCCCAGUCAAGGCUAAGGUUUUGCUUCAAGCAGCUUUGGCUUCUGACUUGGAUAACGAAGCUAUCUCUGAGUUGUUCGCUGUCGCUUAUGGUGGUUAA